AUGGGAAGAUCACUUUUGUCUUUCAAAGAACUUUCAACAGUUAUUGUUGAGAUUAAGGGACUGUUGAAUACACGACCGCUUACGUACAUAAGCAAUGACCUCAAUAUGGAUCAUAUCCUUCGUCCGAUCGACUUUCUGCAAAAAGACCUGACAAUACAUUAUCCAAUGGGAACUAUGAACGAUGAACUGCAUGAUCCAAGCUAUGCUCCACCUGAGCAGAUAGGAAUGUUACAAACAAAAAGGCAAGCAAUAGUAGCUCUACAAUCUUCAUGCGAACUUACAGAAAAAUUUUGGCAUGUCUGGCAAACACAAUAUCUUACUGCUCUUAGGGAGAAACAUCUAACCCAAGUAGGAAAGAAGAAAGGUUGUUCCCAAGUUCCAAAAGAAGGAGCGAUAGUUCUCAUUUGCGACUCAACACAACCUCGUCACUCCUGGAAAAUGGGAACAAUAACCAAGCUGGUCCAAAAUAACAAGGGAACAACACGAGAAACAAUCGUACGCUUACCAUCACAACGUCUGAUACGACGUCCUGUGAAUCUUCUCGUCCCCCUCGAAUUGGAAGAUGAUUCCUUGGAUAAUCCGACUACCUAA